AUGUUUUCGAAGUUCAAAGUAGACAAGCCGCAAGCAAACGUCCUCUACAAACGUGGCCCAAAGCAUUUCGAGGUAGAGCAGUCUGUCCUCUCUUUGCCCCUUCUUGAGGCGUACGACCAACGCAUUGGCCAUUUGCACGAAAUCGUCGGUGACCAGGCGACGGAAUUGGCAGAAAGAAGGGCAGAAGUUUUUCAGCUUCGCCAGGAACUCCAGCUUCUAAGAAAUGAGCUUGCCCAAAGUCGCCUAGCAGUGGACCCUGUAAAGAACGCUGUGAAGUUUAACGUUAGCCGAAAAAGCUAUUGGGACGUAGAUAAGUCUUCGCGGUCUAUGAAGAGGAAAAAAAUCAGAGAGUACCUCCGAAAUGCCACAGAGAUUUUACCAGCGGAAUUCAAACCGAUUGAGGUA